UUUACAGGCAAUUUACAGCCUAAAUACAGCCUAAUUAAAACCAUGAUAAUUAGUUAGUAAAUAUAGUAUGCUAGGUACCACGGUCGUCGGUCUUAUCAUGUAGGUACUAAUCACUAAUAUUACUAUAUUAUCAAAAUUGAAAUUGUUUUCGUUAUCUUUGUUAUUGGUGAUUUAUAAAUAGAAUCUGCACGUUAUCGUAUUGGUAAAUCCCGAUUAAUGAUUAUAAAUCAUAAUACAUCCAUACUACUUAACUACAGUUAACAACAACCACAAGUCCACUGUUCACCACCGUAUUGCCGAAAAAUACUUCGACUCGAGUGCUUGACGUUUUCAUGUCUUUUCAAUUUUAAUUAUCUGUAAAAACAUUGUGAAUACCUACUCAAUACUGAAUUGUGAGCAUUUACUUUUUCAUAAGCAGUUUUGUUUAUUUUUAUUUACUUACUAUGUCUGUCGUUGAAGAAUGUAUAUGUGGUAAAAAAAAAAAUACUUUAAAUCCGACAAAUUGGGCACGACAUAUAAAUGCGUGUAAAACAAUAAAAAAAAAAAAUUCUUCUUCAAGUAUAUUUACAUACUUUAAAAGAUCUAUGACGCCUUCUAGUUAUUCUACUGAACCUGAAUUUAAUGCAAAAAAAUUUAAAAAAACUGAGAGUGAAGUUCCAAGUCAUAACAGCUUUGAAAAUCAAAAUAUGUCUGUUCCAGUUUUUGAUAGUGUAGAAGAAAAUAAAAAUGUAUGUUCAAAUGAAAUAACUGUUCCAGUAGUCAUUGAAGGACAAGAACAUAACGAUGUAUGUGAUAAUGAAACACUGGAAGACCCAAUUGCAGUCACCAUCGAUGUUGAAGAGAAUGAAUUUCCAAGUCAUAACAACAGCUUUGAAAAUCAAAAUAUGUCUGUUCAAGUUUUCGAUAACGUAGAAGAAAAUAAAAGUGUAUGUUCAAAUGAAAUAACUGUUCCAGUAGUCAUUGAAGGACAAGAACAUAACGAUGCAUGUGAUAAUGAAACACUUAAAGAUCCAAUUUCAGUCACUAUCAAUGUUGAAGAGAAUGAAUUUCUAUGUCAUAACAACAGCUUUGAAGAUCAAAAUAUGUCUGUUCAAGUUUUUGAUAAUGUAGAAGAAAAUAAAAAUGUAUGUUCAAAUGAAAUAACUGUUCCAGUAGUCAUUGAAGGACAAGGUAUAAUUUAUUAGUUCUUUUAAUUUUUGCUAUCACAUAACUGUAUGUAACUUUUUUUACUUUAUGAUGAAUAGAACAUAACAAUGCAUGUGAUAAUGAAACACUGGAAGAUCCAAUUUCAGUCACCAUCGAUGUUGAA